AUGGCUGCUGCUUCUGCCAAUCUUAUAGUUGGGACCCAUGUUUGGUUGGAGGAUUCUGAUGUAGCUUGGAUAGAUGGCGAAGUCUUGGAGAUUAAUGGAGAACAAAUCAAAGUCCUUUGCACUUCUGGGAAGACGGUUGUUGUUAAAGCUUCCAGUAUUUAUCAUAAAGAUACCGAAGUUCCACCUUGUGGAGUGGAUGAUAUGACAAAGCUCGCGUACCUGCAUGAACCCGGGGUCCUAAAUAAUCUGAGAUCAAGAUACGAAAUCAAUGAGAUUUAUACUUACACUGGGAAUAUAUUGAUUGCUGUGAACCCUUUCAUAAGGCUUCCUCAUUUAUAUGAUAGCCAUAUGAUGGCACAAUACAGAGGAGCAGCAUUUGGUGAGUUAAGUCCACAUCCCUUUGCUGUUGCCGAUGCAGCAUAUAGGCUCAUGAUAAAUGAUGGAAUCAACCAGUCAAUAUUGGUGAGUGGUGAAAGUGGUGCUGGUAAAACAGAAAGUACUAAGUUACUCAUGCGAUAUCUUGCUUACAUGGGAGGGAGAGCGUCUGUUGCUGAAGGUAGAACCGUCGAGCAAAAAGUCCUCGAGUCAAAUCCUGUCCUAGAAGCUUUUGGCAAUGCAAAGACUGUGAGGAACAAUAAUUCAAGUCGGUUUGGUAAGUUCGUGGAGAUUCAGUUUAAUAAAAAAGGAAGAAUAUCAGGCGCUGCUAUCAGAACUUAUCUUCUGGAAAAAUCACGUGUUUGCCAAGUGUCAGAUCCUGAGAGGAAUUAUCAUUGUUUCUACAUGCUCUGUGCUGCACCUCAAGAGGAUGUUAAGAAGUACAAAUUAGGGCAUCCAAGAACGUUUCAUUAUCUGAAUCAAUCAAAUUGCUAUGAAUUGAAAGAGGUUGAUGAAUCUAAAGAAUAUAGCGCUUUAAGAAACGCAAUGGAUGUUGUUGGAAUAGGUUCUGAGGAACAGAAUGCAAUAUUUCAAGUUGUUGCUGCAAUUUUGCAUCUUGGGAACAUUGAAUUUGUAAAAGGGGAGGAGAUAGAUUCAUCUAUGCCCAAAGAUGAUAAAUCCCGGUUCCACCUGCAGACUGCAGCUGAGCUUUUUAUGUGCGAUGCAAAGGCACUUGAAGAUUCUCUUUGCAAACGUGUACUUGUUACCCGUGAUGAAACAGUUACAAGAUGGCUGGAUCCAGAAGCUGCUGCACAAAGUCGAGAUGCGUUGGCUAAGAUUGUAUACACAAGAUUGUUUGACUGGUUGGUUGAUACAAUAAAUAAUUCCAUCGGCCAAGAUCCUGAGUCAAAAUCCUUAAUUGGUGUGCUGGAUAUUUAUGGUUUUGAGAGUUUCAAGACUAACAGUUUUGAGCAAUUUUGUAUUAAUUUGACCAAUGAAAAGCUUCAGCAGCAUUUUAAUCAGCAUGUUUUCAAAAUGGAGCAAGAAGAAUACAAAAAAGAAGAAAUUGAUUGGAGUUACAUUGAAUUUGUGGAUAAUCAAGAUAUUCUGGAUCUGAUUGAAAAGAAACCUGGUGGCAUUAUUUCACUUUUGGAUGAAGCUUGUAUGUUUCCUAGAUCAACACAUGAAACAUUUUCCCAAAAGCUGUAUCAGACCUUCAAAGGCCAUAAAAGGUUUAGCAAGCCCAAAUUAUCACCUAGUGACUUCACAAUAUGCCAUUAUGCUGGUGAUGUCACUUAUCAAACUGAGUUUUUCCUUGACAAGAACAAAGAUUAUGUUGUUGCAGAACACCAGGCACUUCUUAAUGCUUCCAAAUGCUCCUUUGUAUCGGGCUUGUUCCCCCCUUCACCUGUGGAAACUUCUAAACAAUCAAAGUUCUCUUCAAUAGGUUCCGGAUUUAAGCUACAAUUACAAUCUUUACUUGAAACUCUAAGUUCCAGUGAGCCACACUACAUUCGAUGUGUGAAACCUAAUAAUCUUCUUAAGCCGGCAAUUUUUGAGAAUAAAAAUGUUUUGCAGCAACUGCGCUGUGGGGGAGUUAUGGAAGCAAUUAGGAUUAGCUGUGCUGGAUAUCCCACUAGAAAAACAUUCGAUGAAUUUGUCGAUCGAUUUGGACUUCUUGCUUCAGAAGCAUUAGACGGAAGUUCUGACGAGGCCACUGCUUGCAAGAGGAUUCUCAAGAAUGUUGGACUUGAGGGUUAUCAGAUUGGUAAAACAAAGGUGUUUCUUCGAGCUGGUCAAAUGGCAGAACUAGAUACCCGUAGAAGUGAGAUCUUAGGAAAGUCAGCAAGUGUUAUUCAGUGGAAAGUCCGCUCCUAUUUAGCACAUCAAAGUUUCAUUUCGCUUCGUUUGUCAGCUGUGCAGAUUCAAGCUGCAUGCAGAGGACAACUUGCGAGGCAAGUUUUCGAGGGAAUGCGGCGGGAGGCUUCUAGUCUGCUCAUUCAAAGGUGUUUCCGGAUGCAUAUUGAUAGGAAGGCGUACAAAGAAUUGUAUGCCUCUGCUGUCUCUAUCCAGACUGGUAUGCGGGCAAUGGCAGCUCGAUGCGACCUACACUUUAGAAGAAGAACUGAAGCAACAAUUGUCAUUCAGAGCCACUACAGGAAAUACUCGGCACAACUUCAUUUCACGAAAUUAAAGAAGGCAGCAAUUGCAGCACAAUGUGCAUGGAGAGGAAAAGUUGCCCGGCGAGAAUUGAGGAAACUCAAGAUGGCUGCGAGAGAAACAGGGGCUCUUCAAGAUGCCAAAAAUAAGCUUGAAAAACAAGUUGAAGACCUUAAAUUGAAGUUGCAGCUGGAAAAACAUUUAAGGGUGGCCAUUGAAGAAGCCAAAACAAAAGAAAAUGUAAGAUUACAGUCAGAGUUGCUAGAGAUGCAAUUUAAGUUCAAAGAAACGAAAUCACUUCUUGAAAAGGAGCGGGAGGCUACAAAAAAAUUAGAGGAGAAAGUUCCUGUCAUACAAGAGGUUCCAGUUGUUGACCAUGCUUUGUUGGAGAAGCUAAGUGGUGAAAACGAGAAACUCAAGAACUUGGUGAGUUCACUGGAAAAGAAAAUUGAUGAAACAGAAAAAAGGUAUGAAGAGGAAACUAAAGUUAGUGAAGAAAGGUUGAAGCAAGCUUUGGAUGCAGAAUCGAAAGUAAUCCAGAUGAAGACUGCCAUGCAAAGGCUUGAAGAGAAAUUCGCAGACAUGGAACUUGCAAAACAUAUUCUUCAAAAUCAACCUCUGUUAAACCUGUCUGUGAAAACAACAGUGGAGAACCUCUCUACUCCUGUAUCUGAGAAGUUGGAAAAUGGUCACCAUGCAGCAGAAGAACAGAAUGACGUUGAUGCAUUUGUUACACCUGUGAAAGUGAAACAAUCUGGCACCGAAUCUGACUCAAAAUUGAAGCGAUCAUGCAGUGAACGACGUCAUGGGAGUUUCGACUCACUUGUCAACUGUGUUAGUAAAAAUAUUGGGUUCAACCAUGGAAAGCCUAUUGCUGCAUUUACCAUUUACAAAUGUCUUCUCCACUGGAAAUCAUUUGAAGAUGAAAGAUCUAGUGUAUUUGAUCGCCUUGUCCAGAUGAUUGGUUCCGCAAUUGAGGAUCAAGACGACAAUGAUCUUAUGGCCUAUUGGAUGUCAAAUUUAUCAGCAUUAUUGUUUUUACUUGAACAAAGCCUGAAUACAGGGAAUUCAACAAAUUCAACACCGGUUGGAAAACCACCUAAUCCAACAUCCCUCUUUGGAAGAAUGACUAAGAGUUUUCUUUCAUCCCCUUCUUCUGUCAGCUUUGUUUCCCCUUCAUCAGUGGUUGUACGCAAGGUAGAGGCUAAAUACCCAGCUUUACUUUUCAAGCAGCAGCUCACAGCCUAUUUGGAGAAAAUAUAUGGCAUCAUUCGAGAUAACUUGAUGCAGGAGUUAACGUCGGUUCUUGCACUAUGUAUCCAGGCACCAAGAACAUCAAAGGGAGUGUUACGCUCUGGCCGAUCCAUUGGUAAAGAUUCCCCAAUGGCUCACUGGCAGAGUAUUAUUGCAUCCCUCAACGCCCUCCUAUGCACAUUGAAAGAGAACUUUGUGCCUCCAGUUCUUAUCCGAAAGAUCUUCAGUCAAACAUUCUCUUAUAUCAAUGUGCAACUCUUCAAUAGUCUUCUAGUUCGUCCUGGUUGUUGCACAUUCAGCAAUGGGGAAUAUGUGAAAGCCGGACUAGCUGAAUUAGAGCUGUGGUGCUGCCAAGCAAAGGAGGAGUAUGCAGGAACGUCUUGGGAUGAACUUAAACACAUCAGACAGGCUGUUGGGUUCUUGGUUAUUCAUCAGAAGUAUAGAAUUUCCUACGAAGAAAUCGUUAAUGAUUUAUGCCCUAUUUUGAAUGUCCAGCAGCUGUGUAAAAUAUGUACACUUUAUUGGGAUGAUAAUUACAAUACACAAAGUGUAUCACCACAUGUCCUUGCUAGCAUGAGAAUGGACUCCAAUAAUCCUAAUGGCGAUUCUUUCUUGUUGGAUGACAGUUUCAGCAUUCCCUUCUCAGUGGAUGACCUCUCCGCAUCACUACAAGAGAAAGACUUCUCAGACAUGAAACCAGCAGAUGAACUUCUUGAGAAUCCAGCAUUCCAAUUUUUAAACGAGUAA